UUGAGGCUCGCGACAGGUCUCAUCUGGGCGCGAAAGAGAGAGAGAAUAUAGGGUAGUAGGAACGCGGGAGUGAACAGGGUUGUGGAGAGAGAGAGGUAAAGAGGGUCACAAAUAGAAAAGCUCCCUUAUAAGCAGACAGCCAGAUAGGCCGGCGAGUUGCCCGGGCACGGAUCGCUCCUUCAAUCAAUUUUCCACAUCUGUUUGCCUCUCUUCAUCUCCCGGUUCUUUUUCUUUCUCCUUCUUCCGUUCUCUUUUCGCGAUCAUAGACCUGCCGAGAGUGGCCUUGACAUUUAAUGACAGUGCGAGUCUGACCUUGGCAAGAUUCUCUGUCAAGGUUGAUAGGUAGAUCGAUAGUGUCAAUCAUCAGCUGUGACGAAUACCGGCAACAUGUCUGUGUUUCAAAAUGCUUGAAUGGAUGUAUGAAUAUGCGUGAUUUUAGUCGAUAAAGACACAAAACAUUCGAAGAAAUGAACGCGUAAAACGUCCAUUCGCUAAAGAGAGCUAAUUAGUACGAUUAACAAUUGAAUUUUAAUGGAUACGAUUCGGUAGCCAUGAGAAAACGAAGAAACAAUUGAUAUUACGGCAGCGGGAAAUCAUAUCGAUGUAGAAAAUGGAAGAGGCAUCUUCAAGAAUACGUCCUUAUCUGGAUUGGGAUAAUGAAGACAAAUAUUCAGUGGCCAAUAGUCAAGCGCCCUUGCAGGGCAGUGAGGAUGAUCAUCCGGAACGUGGAACCUGGACGGGGAAAUUCGAUUUUCUAUUAUCUCUUCUGGGGUAUAGCGUAGGCCUCGGAAAUGUCUGGAGAUUUCCGUAUCUCUGCUACUCGAAUGGCGGCGGUGCUUUCUUGAUACCAUUCACCGUGAUGCUCAUCAUCGCUGGAUUGCCUCUUAUGUUCAUGGAACUUUCUUUAGGACAAUAUGCCAGUCUCGGACCGGUAGCAGCUUACAAGCAGUUUUGUCCGUUGCUUCGCGGCUUAGGAUACGGAAUGGUUCUCGUUAGUUCCAUUGUGAUGCUCUAUUAUAAUCUAAUCAUCGCCUGGACGCUGUAUUACAUAUUUGCCUCAAUUUUUGGUGGUUGGGAAUUGCCUUGGAGCAAAUGCGAAAUAGAGUGGAGUACCGAGGAUUGUUUCAUGCCAGACGCUGCUGAAGCUUGUGUCUCUCAAAACGCUACUUAUUUUAAAAGAAAAUGUCUCAAUUCAACUCAAAUGACUGCGAUGGGUUUGUUUAUCGAGAAUAUAACUAGUGCAAUCAAAAGACCGCCGGCUGAGGAAUAUUUUCAGAAUCAUGUAUUGGGAAUUAGUAGCGGGAUUGAGGAAACUGGAUCGAUUCGACCAUUCAUGGCGGCUAGUCUUUUUCUAGCAUGGAUUAUCGUAUUUCUUUGUCUGAGCAAAGGCGUUCAAAGCUCGGGCAAAGUCGUAUACUUCACCGCUCUUUUCCCAUACGUCGUUCUGGUCGCUCUUUUUGUUCGUGGAAUUUUACUUCCUGGCGCUAACGAAGGAAUACUUUUCUAUCUGACACCCGAUUGGAAAAGAUUAAUGUCUGCUAAAGUAUGGGGAGAUGCCGCGGUACAGAUCUUUUUCGCUUUGAGUCCGGCCUGGGGAGGUUUAAUCACUUUAAGUUCGUAUAAUAAGUUCACCAACAACUGUUACAAAGACUCUUUAAUUGUGGCGAUUAGCAAUAUUGGAACUUCCUUCUUCGCCGGCCUGGUCAUCUUUUCGGUGAUCGGCUUCCUUGCUCAUGAGCUCGACGUACCAGUGGCGUCAGUGGUAGAUGAAGGCGCUGGUUUGGCUUUCAUUGUUUAUCCGGAGGUUGUGUCUCGUCUGCCGAUUGCGCCUGUUUGGUCGCUGCUAUUCUUCAUCAUGUUGCUCACUCUAGGUCUCGAUUCGCAAUUCGCUCUCAUGGAGACUGUUACUACGGCGAUGCUCGAUGGCAUUCCAGCAUUGAGAAAUUAUAAGAUUUGGGUCGUUUUAGGAGUUUCAGUAAUCGGCUAUGCCGGUGGCAUUAUUUUCACCACGAACGCCGGCAUGUACUGGCUGCAAUUAAUGGACAAGUACGCUGCCAAUUGGUCCGUUUUGUUGAUCGCUAUAACCGAAUGUAUUCUCGUGGCAUGGAUAUAUGGAGCGGAUCGCUUUCUGAACGAUGUUGAACAGAUGAUCGGGCCUCGAGGUCGUUUAUGGAGAUUUUUCUGGACGUGGAUGUGGAAAGUUAUCACACCCGCCGCACUAUUCUUCAUUCUCUGCUUUAAUUGGGUAAAAUACGAGCCUGUCAAAUAUGGAACUUACAUUUAUCCGAAAUGGGCGGAUGUAUUAGGCUGGGUUAUCAGUAUGCUUCCCGUUUUAAUCAUUGUCGGUUUAGCUAUAGAUCAACUGAAAGAACAGCGUGUGCGAUCAGCUUAUGAUGACGAUGACGAAGAUGAUGAUGAUGACGAUGAGCUCGAUAACAGCGAAUCCUAUGAAAAAUCAAAGAAAAGAAAGGGCAAAAAUAAAAAUAUAUGGGAUCGUAUAAAAAUAUUGUUACAACCAACAUCCAACUGGGGUCCGGUAUCGCGAAAUUCUUUCACACCUUCCAAAACUCUGAUUCAUACGCCUUCCUCAGGACCACCGGGAGCAUACGAUUCAGUACGAGACACGAUUAUUUUGGUGAAUGGUCAACCGAUGAUGGUACAACCGCCCAGCGCCGUCACCACAACUCAGAAACUUCCCGGACCAUCGAUUCUUAAGAAUUCUAGUAAAACCGAUCUAAUUACCUCGCAGCAGGUAUGAUAUGAUACGUUUGUUUUACGUACAAUAACAAAAUCUUAAAAUAAUUAUGUCGAAGAUACAGUGUGUCCAAUAUAAGGUAAGUCUAAUUGGAAUGAACAAGUAUUCUCACAUAAUGUUGGCAAUAUCAAUUACGAUUGGCAAUAUGAGAUGAAUUAUUUUAUUGUAUUUUUUUAUUCAAUUCUAUUUAUAAAACAAUAUAUCUUAAAUCGUAUUUUUUUCUAAAUUAUUCUAUCAAAAAUAAUAUAACUUUUAUAUUGGAUUUAAUCCUUACGAUUAAUUAUUCAAGAAACAGGCCUUUUAUUAAACAUGUGUAUAGGCUUUUACAAAUUCUUUAUCUUGUUUUGUAGUAAAUUAAGAUUGCAAUAAAUUUUUUGCAGUAGUAAACUGCGAUAUUUCUCCCUAAUCAAAUAGUUUAAUAGCAAAACUUGAAUAAAAAGUUAAUUAAAAGUUUGUAGCCAAAAUAUGGCUAAAAAUGCAAGAAUCUGUAUAAAAUUAAGUAGUGAUUAAAAGAAAUUGAAAAAGAUACGAUAUCAAAAUGUAUGAUACGGGAUAUUACAAUGAUUCAUUUCAUAAUACAUAGAUAAAUAUUUAUUUGCAAAGAUUGUUGAUUAUUUUAACUAUGCAAUGGAAUAGAGAGAAUUAGAAGCUAUAUGUAUAACUUAUUACACAUGAAAACGAAUUUACGAUACAUCUAACAAAUGGAGAGAUGAAAUUAGUAAAGAUAAAAGUAAGUAGCACGUGAAAAUAAAGAAACCGAGGAGAAAAUUUAAUGUAUAAUAAUCCCUUACAGUAAAUGUCGAAAAUCGCUAAUAUCUAUUGGUACGUAUCUUUUUAAUGUGCAAAAGUUUUCAGGGAAUAGAUUAUAGAUAUUUUGGAUAUGCAGUAAAAGAUGAUAACGAAUGGAGAAGUAGACAAGAAAGUUGUAAGAUGUAUUAUAAUUAGUGAAUUUAUGGAGGAAGCUAAUAUAAGUUUAUUGACGAGUAUAUAAUAGCGCAAUUAGCAGAAAAGAUUGAAAUUCUUUAUUUUAACGCAAAAUAUUUUUUGAAUAAUAUUAAGUGAUAAACUAGCAAAAGAUUGUAUAUCUCAACUAUCACUAUUAUAAUUAAAAAAAAAAAAAAA